UAUUAAUUUAUUUAUGAAUAGAUUGCUUUUAUAUGCAUCAGAUUGUGGAAAAGCUGAAGGACUGUUGAACAGUUUUUAAAAAUACUUUAAUGUGGAAGUGAUUGAUGCAAAUUACAAAUCGAUAGUAAAUGAAGUAUUACAAAAAUAAACUUAAUGUGUAUUUAUCACAGAGAAUAGUUUAAAAUCAUAAAUAAUAUUGAAUAAAUUUGAGAAAAUUAGAGCAGCAAUUUGUUAUAACUAAUAUUUAAUAUAAAUGUGCAGAGAAGUAUGAUAUAUAAAUAUUAAUAAAUAGCAUAAUGAUGCAAAUGUGAUUAUUAUACCUUUAGAAAACAUUUCUUAAAAUGUUGCUCUUCAUUUUGCUUAAGGUUUAUCUGUAGCUGAAUUUGAUACAAAGACAACUCCAAAUCAUUAAAGAAGAGUUAAUAAAUUAAAUUUAGUAUAAUGAUAUAUUU